AUGCACGCAAGGCCUGAGUAUAGUGUCAGGGCGUUCUACCGGUUGCCCAGCCCAUCGGAACUACACAUAAGCCGAUGUGCUGCCUCAGAAAACGGGGCGGCUGACGAGAAUUACUCAUCUGAAGCCGUGAUUUUCCUAUCUGAGAUGAAGGACGCAACCUUAUCAGAGGCAGCCAUCCAGGUCUGCGACGUCGCCUCUGUGAGCCCCAACACAGUCCGUUUUUCGCUGACUUCGGACUCCGUCGCCCCUCUUGUGGCCCUAUGGUCUGAUUGCCCUGGCCGCUUCAGUGACAACCUUCUGCUGCUGUUGCCUUGGGAGAAGAAGGAGAUCGUGUUCAAAGGGGAUGGUCCGCUGAAGGCCGAAGACUUUGAGGCCUCCCUGGAUAUAAUUUCCAUGAACGACAUGCAAGGGCAUCAGGAGGCGGCUCCCUGA